AGAUACGAUCUCAUGUGAUUCGGACUAUUAUCGGAGACACUGCCGAAUAUAGAUGGCCCUAACCACACGGGCCUUCUCGUAACAACCUUUUCCUAGACGUAACCGUUUUACUCGUAUUCGAGUACUAAACGAACACAGUAUUCCAUUUCCUUCUACCUCCCUGGGUUCUAGUUUGGAACAUAUGCACGAUGUUGAAGCAACACUGCUUCUUCUUUUGCUUUAUAAACCCUUGCGAUCAUGACCAGAAAACAUCGUCUAAAGAUGCCUGCCAUAUUCCACAGUUGUACCGAGCAGGCUGAAUAUGACCUCGACGUAGCAAAGUUGAGCUUCGUAGGCAUGUUGCUUGCUGUACUCGCAUACGGUGUUCAUACUACGCUCUUCUUGGUUUGUCUGAGACCACUUUACAGACGAGACCUCAGACUAUUGGCAUACAUGACAACGGUGUUCUGUUUGGCCACCACUGGCAUUGCUGUUCAAAUCUGGUGGUACCAAUCCAUCGUAAUAACCAAGCAUUUCCGCCAUAAUGGGUCUGUCGAUGUUGUUUUUCUGACACACCAUGCACAUCAUGCCGCAAACCUAGCCAGAACGACGAUAUACGUCGUAAUGAACUGGUUAUCGGAAGGCAUACUUCUAUACCGAUUUUACGUUAUAUUCAACGUUCUGGGGGGACAUACUAUAAUAUUUGCGGUGAUUUCAUUACUGGUAUUAGCUAUACUAAUCGUGACAGGUGGAAUUUGCAUUCCUGCGAUCGUAGGAUUAGGAUUCGCAUGGCUGCCGGACACUUGCGACGUCCCAGGGAUUGUCUACCUUAGCCUUACGAUGUCCUCACAUGUUAUCCUGACAUGCCUUAUUGUUGGUCGUAUCCUAUGGUUUCGCCAUCGCGUCCGCACGGUCUUUGGAUCUCGCCUUGGAAAGACAUACACAUCUCUUGUUGCUAUCCUCAUUGAGUCCGCAUCACUAUACACCAUAUGGGCGAUGACUAGCGUUAUACUGUACGGGUUGAAUAGCCGCCUCCAGUUCGUCUUCUUGCCUGCUAUAGGCCAAGUUCAAGCCAUUCCCCCUCUGUUAAUAAUAACAUGGGUUGUCAAUGGACGUGCCCUCGGCAGGGAUACAUACUCUUCCAUGUUCCCUUCGACCAAACCUUCCGAGCACUCAAUACGUUUUUCUUCCCAUGUCGUCUGUUCGGACCCACCUUCCUACCCUUCUUCGGCGUACAUCUCUCCUAGCUCCGAAUGCAAGUUCGACCAUUUUCCUACCCCCAGUAACUCAUCGAUCAAAUCAUUCAGUGAUAAAGACUGGGUUUAACCAUUCUGUAUCUAUAGCUGUAUAUUUUGUAGCAAUAGUUUUUCGUUAUUACCAGAGGGGAUUCUUCGCAUGUAUCAUAAUAUUGCAUACAUUUCUAACAUUGUACGUUUAGUGUC